AUGCGUGUGGACGGCGUGCGCGGCCGCCUCAAGCACCAGGCCUCCGAGCUCGCCGCCUGCCACCGCCGCUCCGAGGCCGCCGCCGCCGCCGGCGAGGCGCUCGCCGCGCGGCUCGCGGCCAGCGAUGUGGCGGCCGCGGGCUCCGAGGCGCGCGCCGCCGCGGCCGAGGCGGCGGCGGGGGCCGUGGCGGCGGAGGGGGAGCGGCUGCGCGCCGCGAUGGGCGCGGCCGAGGGGGAGCGGCGUGAAGCCGAGGGGCGGCUGCGUGAUGCCGUGAGUGCCGCUCAGGCGGCAGCCGAAGAGGCACGGGAGGAGGCGCGCCGCCUGACCGCGCGCCUGGAAGAAGCUGCGGCGAAGCUGGAGGUGGAGCAAGCCAAGACAUCCGACGCCGCUGCGUCGGCCCGGGCGGCGGCGGACGAGCUCGCGGCCGAGCGGGCGGCGGGGGAGGCGGCGCGGGGGCGGCACGAGGGGGAGCGGCGGCUUUGGGAGGAGGAGCGCAGGGGCCUGCUGGAGCGCCUGGCGGCCGCAGGUGGGGGUGCAGGCGCUGUGUCGGCCGGCGAUGUAGAGGCACGUGCAGGAGUGGCGGAUCCCCCAGCGUGUGGCUGCGCCGAGGUUGCGGCGGAGCCCGCGGCGGCGGACGCGGUGCCCAGUUGCGGCGGCGCCGGCGGCGGUGGCGAGGAGUCGGAGCAUGCCACGGACGCUGGCGUGGGGCCCUGCGGCAGGGCGCCGCCCGCGGACGCCGCCCACCAGGGCGAUCAGGCAAUGGUCAUGGCUGAACAGCAGCAGCAGCAGCAGCAGCAGCAGCAGCAGCAGCAGCAGCAGCAGCAGCAGCAGCAGCAGCAGCAGCAGCAGCAGCAGCAGCAGCAGCAGCAGCAGCAGCAGCAGCAGCACUGGCCUCAACAGUGUCGCGAGCCCGACACGCCACCCAGACAGCAGCAGCCAGACCCUGGUUCUGAAGCGGUGGUGCCCGCUGCACACAUGGUCGCGGUUGACACCACCCACCCAGAGCCUGCGUCGGGGUCGGAGGCUGGCCGCGGCCAGCUGCCGCCGCCUGCCGCCAACAGUGAAAUGACACGCAACCUGCUUGCAGCUGAUGGCCUUGGGCACGAUCACGCAGCCACCGACGGCGACUCCGCCGGUCGCGACUCAGGCGCGGCGGCCGCGCAUCCAGAGGGUCCCGGCAAACGGCUUAAGGCGUCGGACGGGUCAUGGCGCGCCGCCUCUGCGCCCCCGCUCGUGCCCGCGCCGUGUGCGCCUCCGAUGGCGGCGCCAUCAAGGGCGGGCCGCGCCGUCUCUGCCUUGCAUCUGCUCUCGCCUGAUCCCACCCCAAGCCGCGCGGCUUCUGUGCAGCCCAUGUCGCAUCCGCCUCCGCCGCCGCAGCCACAGCUGCAGCCGCAGCCGCUGUUGCCCGUGCCGCCGCCGCCGCCGCAGCAGCAGCAGCUGCUGCAGCAUUUGCAUGCGUACACAGGGCCACAGGCAGGUUUCAGGCAAUGCCAAGGCACACCAGUAGUCAGGGGCGUCGCGAUCAUCCCUCCACACGCGCCCAGUGCCAUGCCAGGGUUCAUGCGCGCGUCGCACGUGGCAGCAGGCACUCUGGUGGGCAUUCAGACAGCGCCCCCGCAGCACUUGCCGCCACAGCAGCAGCAGCAGCAGCAGCAGCAGCAGCAGCAGCAGCAGCAGCAGCAGCAGCAGCUGGUGCUGCGGGCGGAGCUGCACGCACCAUCGGGAGCGGCGCACAGCGGUGGCGUGGGUGGUGGCGGCGGCGACAGGGGCCCGGAAGCGGCCCCGCGGCUGCCCCAGCAGCAGGUGGCGGGCGGCGAGCGUGCAUCUGCUGGCAGGGCAGGCGAGGCGCAGCCUGCUGGGGUGAUGGGUGUUGACCUGCAUCCAGGGACGCGCCCGGCAGAGGGUGCGGCGCCGCAGCAGCUGUCACCGCCGGAGCCACGCGCCACGACGGCAGGCGGCGGGUGUGCGUCGUUGCCAAAGCCGGGGCGGGAGGACGUCGCGGCGGAGCCUCAGCCGCGGCCAGCAGGGUCCGCCAAUGGCAGCGGCGGCGGCGCGCGGCAGCAAAGUCCAGAGGCCAGCGGGCAGCGGCCGGUGCAGGCCGCAGCCGACGCCGCCAUUCCUGGGGGGGCAGCGCCUGCUGAUGAUCUGGGUGGGCAGGGGGCCAACCGCGGCAGCCGCUUCAAGCCGCAGGCGCCGGCCGGCGCGUUUGGGAAGCGGGCGCGCCCUGCAAGCGGCGGCGGCGGCGGGGGCGUGGUGAGCUUGCUAUUCACAUCUAUGGUGGCUGGUGAUGAGGACGAUGAUGAGGACGAAGAUGAGGGCGGAGAGGCGUGA